UCUAUAGAUUCCAUGUACUUCUAAGGGCAUUUCAAGUUUUUUUUCAAGUCAACUGCGAAUGUUUGUAUUAUCCAGCCUUUAGUGUAUUGUUGGGAGCCCAUCUAUUUUGGUAUUCAUUCUAUGAAUGAAAAACGAAUACAAAAGUUUGAACUUUUAUUCUGACGAAUGGUGACUACACGCAGUCAAAUGUCCCUAGAAUAAACGGGCUCUGGUGUCCCGUAAAUGCCAUUGAAAGAAUUUGGCGGUAAUGGUCGCUCAGUUUUGUCAUCAUAAUUAAUGAAAGGGGGAGAAAAAAAAUAAUCGACGCGAGUCCUCUAGGUGUAGCUAGCCACCCUGAGGAGAAAUAAUGGCACACAUAACAAUUAACCAGUAUCUACAACAGGUGUUGGAGGCUAUUGACACGCGUGAUGGCACCUUCUGUGCGGAGCUUCUGUCUUUCAAACACCCACAUGUAGCCAACCCAAGGCUUCAGCUUUUAAGUCCAGAGGAGAAAUGCCAGCAGGUGCUUGAGCCCCCGUAUGAUGAGAUGGUCGCUGCUCACUUGAGGUGCAUAUACGCGGUGUCUAAUCAUGAUUUUGUGGAGGCGUACAAAUGUCAGACGGUGGUGGUACAGUCAUUUCUGAAGGCUUUCCAAGCCCACAAAGAAGAAAACUGGGCAUUGCCAAUGAUGUUUGCUGUUGCUCUGGACUUACGGAUAUUUGCCAAUAAUGCGGAACAGCAGUUGCUGAAGAAAAGCAAGGGAAAGGUGGGAGAUAUGCUGGAGAAAGCAGCUGAACAAUUAAUGAGCUGCUUCAGAGUGUGUGCCAGUGAUAACCGCGCUGGCAUCGAUGACUCGAAGAAGUGGGGCAUGCUCUUUCUCAUCAACCAACUCUUCAAGAUCUACUUCAAGAUCAGUAAGCUGCACUUGUGCAAACCACUUAUUCGGGCGAUCGACAGCUCCAACCUGAAAGAUGAGUACAGCAUGGCACAGAGGAUCACCUACAAGUACUAUGUUGGCAGGAAGGCCAUGUUCGACAGCGACUUCAAACUAGCGGAGGCUUAUUUGUCUUUUGCCUUUCAACAUUGCCAUCGCUCCUGCCAGAGAAACAAAAGAUUGAUUCUCAUCUAUCUCCUACCAGUCAAGAUGCUCUUGGGCCACAUGCCCAGCCCCUCCCUCCUGCAGAAGUAUGACCUCAUGCAGUUCACGGAUGUCACCAAAGCUGUCAGUGAGGGAAACCUGCUGCUGCUGAAUGAGGCGCUGACCAAACACGAAACCUUCUUCAUCCGCUGCGGGAUCUUCCUCAUCCUCGAGAAGCUGAAAAUAAUCACCUACAGAAACCUCUUCAAGAAAGUGUACCAUCUCCUGAGGACACACCAGCUGCCCCUUGAUGCAUUUCUAGUGGCACUGAAGAUGAUGCAGGUGGAGGACGUGGAUAUCGAUGAGGUGCAGUGCCUCCUGGCCAAUCUCAUCUACAUGGGUCACAUCAAAGGAUACAUCUCUCAUCAGCAUCAGAAACUUGUUGUCAGUAAACAGAACCCCUUCCCUUCUUUAUCCACUGUGUCCUGAAGAACAGAUGACGCAGUACUGUGCACUCAUUCCCUUCUGAACUACAAACUCCACAGUGCGCACUCCACCAUGAAGCAGUCAUCCAGGAUUUUACUGAGGCCAUUUUUGUAUUAUUUUGUACUGUAACUAAAAUAAAAUACCACCUGACCACCUUCAA